AUGGCUGGAAGUCAUUACUCUCCCACUAUCAAUACUACUGGUUUCACUAGUGUUACCAGAGCUAAUGCAGCUAAGAGAAUUAAUUUUAAUGAGACAGAAACCAAAAUGUCCAUGGAGAAAAUGAAGAUCAUUGCUAAAAAAGUUAUCAAAGAUUGGAAUUGGAUUUCUAAUGUGCAUCAUACUGCUAACAAGGCUAGAAUAUGGCUUCUUUGGGAUAGUAACUUUUUAACUGUACAGAAUAUCAAUAGUUCUGAUCAGUAUAUUACAUGCAAAGUGGAAUCAAAAGAUGGAAGGCUAAAGUGUUUAAUCACAGCCAUAUAUGCUCUCAAUCAUCCAGAAGGCAGGAAAAUUCUCUGGAAUGAUCUUAUGGUUUUCAAAAGGAAUGUUUCAGAUCCCUGGUUAGUAGGAGGGGACUACAAUGCCAUUCUUAGUAGUGAAGAGAAGAUAGGAGGGGCUCAAAUUACAGAUACAGAGGUUGAAGACUUUCAGAAUUUUAUUGAUACAAGCCAAUUAAAGCAUAUUAAAUCCACUGGUUGUUUUUUCACCUGGAGUAACAAACAGGAUGCUUCUACAAGAGUAUGGAGUAGGUUGGAUAGAAUUCUAGUAAAUGAUGACUGGAUUUUCCAAUAUACAUCAAGCCAGGUUGAAUAUCUGAUGCCACACUGCUCUGAUCACUCCCCUGGGUUGCUAACAACAGGUGAUGAAGUGAAUUGUGAAGGCAAGAGACCUUUUAAAUUCUUUGCUAUGUGGACUAAACACCCUGACUUUCUACCAGCAGUCAGUAAUCAUGUAUCAAGGGCAAAAGCAGAGCUGUAUGAUAUUCAAGUUCAACUGAAUUCUGACCUCUUUAAUCCAGGUCUGAUUGUUAGGGAAAAGGAGCACAUCAGGAAAUAUACAAAAUUACUUGAUUGUGAAAAUUCUUUCUACAGGCAAAAAGCCAAUAUUAAAUGGGGAUUGCAAGGUGACAAGAGUACCCAGUACUUUCAUGCUGUCAUGAAAAACAAAAGACACCACAAUAGGGUGAUGUCUAUAUAUACUGAAAAUGGUAUUAGGAUUACAAAAACCCAAGGAAUCAUUUCUGAAUUUAUCCAAUACUACAAAAAAUUGCUUGGAACUACAAUUCACACUUCACCUCCUGACCCUGAGGUUAUCUCUAAAUGA